AUGGAACAAGAAGAAAAAGAACCAUUUCAACUUAUUGAUGGUAUAUGCUGGUCAUCAGAAUGGAGCUUCGAAAGUCUUCGUUAUGCUCUAGAAUAUGAACCUAGUCCGGAUGAUCUUUUCAUAGUUACAUAUCCGCGAAGUGGAACAACAUGGAUGCAAAAUAUUGUAUAUAAUCUUCAAACAAAUGGACAACCAUUUGAUGCAGAUCGAGAACACUUUUUUGCACAAAAUCCAGCUCUUGAGAUCGAUGGUGAAAUAGGAAUCGAACUAAUGCAACGACCAGCUGCAAUUAAAACACAUCUACCAAUGGAUCGAGUACCAUAUCAUCCAUUAGCCAAAUAUAUUUGUGUAAUUAGAAAUCCAAAAGAUGUAUGCAUAUCAUACUAUUUACUGUAUAACAGCUGGGGCGACGUACCAAAGUUCGAAUUUAAUCAAUUCUUUCAAUAUUUUAUCGACGGACGUCUACCAUUCAAUGAUUAUUUCGACGUUCUCCGAUCGGCGUGGCAACGACGAAAUGACAAAAAUGUUCUACUAGUAUCCUACGAAGAGAUGCGAACUGAUCUGCGAUCAAUGAUAUGCAAAAUUGCUAAUUUCAUCGAUAUUGCUUUAAAUGAUGAAUUACUUGAAAAAGUCCUCAAAUAUUCAUCGUUCGAUUACAUGAAAAAUAAAUAUGAUGCUGAACGACGAUUAUUUGAAAAGAAUAUUAUUGAUAAUAUAGAAGAUAAAGAAGCAGCUGCACAAAGACGCGAAAUAUUCAUGAACGAAUCAGGAAUAAAAGUAGUACGUAAAGGAGAAAUAAACGAUUGGAAAUCGUUCAUGACACCAGAACAAAGUCGUCAAAUUUAUGAUCGUUUUAUGGCAACGUGCAAAGAAUGUGAAGGAUUAGAAAACUAUUGGUUAAAAUGGAAUAUUUUUUAA